AUGGAGAUAAAGAAUCACACCGCGGUGACGGAGUUCGUCCUGCUGGGCAUCCCCCACACAGAGGGGCAGGAAACCGUGCUCUUCGCCGUGUUCUUGACCUUCUACCUCUGCACCCUGCUGGGGAACCUGCUCAUCCUGGUGGCCGUGCUGUCCGACUCCCGCCUGCACACCCCCAUGUAUUUCUUCCUCUGCAAUCUCUCGGUGCUGGACAUCGGCUUCUCCUCCGUGAGCACCCCGAAGGUGCUGGCCAUCUUGCUGCUGAGAAGCCGAGUCAUCUCCCUGGGGGGCUGCGUGUGCCAGGUCUUUUUCUACCACUUCCUGGGCAGCACCGAGUGCCUGCUCUACACGGUGAUGGCCUACGACCGCUUCGCCGCCAUCUGCUCCCCGCUGCGCUACACCAUCGUCAUGAACCGCCGCGUGUGCGCGCUGCUGGCCGCGGGCACCUGGGUCACCAGCUCCUUCCACGCCACGAUUCUCACCACCUUGACCUUCCAGCUGCCCUACUGUGGCUCUAACGUGGUGGACUAUUUCUUCUGUGACAUUUUCCCUGUAGUCAAAUUGGCGUGUGGCGAUACGCUUGUCAUUGAGACAGUGAGUUUCACCAACAUCGGCCUGGUGCCCAUGACGUGCUUCCUGCUCAUUCUAGCCUCCUACGUCCGCAUCGUCAUCGCCAUCCUGAAGAUGCGCUCGGCGGAGGGGAGGCGCAAGGCCGCGUCCACCUGCGUUUCCCACCUCUCGGUGGUCACCCUGUUCUUUGGUCCCUGUGCCCUCAUCUAUACCCAGCCGUCCUUGAGUGAAGUGCUGGUGACCCCGGUGCAGAUCUUUGGCAAUGUGGUGACCCCCAUGCUGAACCCCACAAUCUACACUCUGAGAAACAAAGAUGUAAAGGGUGCCCUGAAGAAGCUCUCUGGGGCCCAGAUUGUUUCAGAAGAACGUCACUAA